AUGGAUUUGACAUUUCGAAGUUGACAAAAAUCACAAAAUCAAAACCGCAGCACGUUUUGGAGUCACGAAAUAUCUGUCCAAGUUCUUAUUAAUUUGUUUCUUUAUUUCUCCCAGAAAUGGAUGGUGUCAGCUUAUACAAUGAUUUCAUUGCUCUCCACAAACCUCAACUCCAACUAUCCAACGUUCCACCACACCUCUGGGAAGCUGUCUUUUCAAAAAUCGCCACCGACACUUUCGAUGCUGGUGCAGCACUCUCAUUGAUGCUCAUCGAAUACGAUGAUGGCGAACGUGAUGAAACUAGCCCCGUAUUCGCUUUAUGCGUCUCAAAACCUGAAGGCAUUCGUGCUAAUGACGCAAAUGCCGUCUAUCUAAUCGAUCAUGCAUGGACUUUUCGAACAAACAUUGCUCGACAGCAGUUGGAAGAGAUUCCCCAACUUGCCGACCGUAUGUCAGCUAUCACCGGCAUCGAUCUAGAAGAUCCUGACCGAGUUGACAAGAUACUGCAUUCAAUGUGGAAGUAUUGCCAAGCAUAUUCCAUUUCUGCUGAAGGAACUACCGCCGAAGAGCGUGUGCCUAUUUGGUAUGUAAUGGACGAAGUGGGUUCCGCUGUCAAUCACUCGGAUGACCCCAAUUUUAGAAUCGUACCAUUUCUGCAUUUGAAUACACAAACGACCUACAGUUUGCUAUUCCCAAUUCGUGAUGUCGAAGAAGGGGAACAAGUCACUAGAGACUUUGUUGAGUAUGUGGCCAAGGAAGCCCCUGAAAGGGACGCUGUUCUGCUUCCUUGGAGAUAUACUGAUUUGCAAGAAAUCAGUUUUGUUCAGAGCGAACCUGGGGAAGAUUAUUUUACUAAUGGCCAUGUCCCCGAAUCGCUUCCCGAAGGUUCUAUGGACGAGCCCGUGGUAAGUCGUAAUGACCCACUUAAAGUUUUUUCAGAAUAUGACAUCUUAAGUGCCUAUUUGACUGCUCCAUACUUUGAGAUUGUCAAUACUCCCGAAGAAGCUGAUGUUCUUUGGUUAACUCAUCAUUUUAAAGACUUUGCCGCUUUGGCCAAAGAUACUCCUAAUAAAUUUGUUAAUCAAUUUCCUUAUGAAUAUGUUCUGACUGUCAAGGAUUUGCUCUGUAUUACUUGUCGCCGAGGAACAAAUGGGAAACAUCAUGAUUCAGAUACUCUGGAAACCCUUCCUGCAUGGCUUCCUACUACCUACAAUCUUAAAACGGAAGUUUUGGAGUUUGCUUCGUACUUCCAGAACCGGGAAGCUAAAGGUCUUGAUAAUCAUUGGAUUAUCAAGCCCUGGAAUUUAGCAAGGUCGUUGGAUACUUAUAUCUCUAACAACAUUGCUCAAAUUAUGCGACUUCCGGCAACUGGUCCGAAAAUCGCUCAAAAGUAUAUAGAUCGACCGGUGUUGUUCCAUCGACCUGAGUUGGAUGCCCGGGUCAAAUUCGAUGUACGUUAUGUAAUUCUUCUAAAGAGUGUUCUUCCUUUAGAAGCUUAUAUCCAUCGAAAAUUCUAUCUUCGUUUUGCCAAUAAAGCCUUUUCUCUGGAUCACUUUGAUGAGUAUGAAAAACAUUUUACUGUGAUGAAUUACUUGGAUGAAGCUGAAUUGAGACAUAUUAAAUGUGAUGAUUUUCUAGAGUUUUGGGAGCAACAAUAUCCCAAUAAUCCUUGGAAUGAUGUUGAAGAUUCGAUUUGUGCAAUGUUACAUGAUGUGUUAGCAUCGGCUAGUAGUAAAAAGGCACCAUGUGGAAUUGCACCAUCUGUGCAAUCGAGAGCUCUUUAUGCAGCUGAUAUUAUGUUGUCGUGGCAGGAAGGUGGGGAGAAGGAUAUUCAACCGAAACUAUUGGAAGUUAAUUUUACGCCAGAUUGUAAGAGAGCCUGUAAAUAUUAUCCUGAAUUUUAUAAUGAUAUUUUUAAGUUGCUCUUUUUGAAUGAACAAGAUAACGAAGUUUUUAGGAAACUGACAAAAAAUUAAGUUUUAAAUAAAAAAUAACGGCAAAACUCUCAAUAAA